AUGGGCCUCAGCUUCCUCAUGAAUGUGGCCUACCUCCUCACAAGCCAUAACCGAAGCGACGCCCCGCGAGACAUCGAGAAGCAGGACCGUUCAUCGAUUCAAGCUCGCGAAAGCGACCGAAGUCCUCCAGAUGCUUCAUCAGAUGACGAAGAAGACCAAAACCCUCCCUCUGCCUCGAGAUCUCGUCCAUUGCGACAUUUCGGUACCAUUGGCAGCACCCUAUCAGGCCUAGGGCCGUCUGAGGAUCCCAGUCGCACUCUGACCUCGUCCAGCUCCUCAGAACCACUCAAGCCGACUCUGGUCUCACGCGCGAGGACAUUGUUCUUUCCCACAACGAGUCCUGGAGAGACUGCGCGCUAUGUGCCCUACUAUCGGUAUUCGCCUAUUAUCUCCGGUGUCAUCAUACCGUUCUCGAUUCUCCUCGAGAUACCUGGCCUUACCGAGCAUUGGUACAUCCAGACGCAGGGUAACGAGACCGUGGACGUACGGCCGAACCCGGUGAUUCUGGACGUAGGGCUGGCUUUCUCCAUGGCUUGUGCUGUCUUCGCGAACGUCUGUCUCAUUCUGAGGUUCUCCGAGAAGUGGAUCAAGGCUACCACCCUGUUUUGUAUCUUGUUCCUCACAAUACACGACGCUAUCAACAUCGCUGCCGUGACUGCCUUCGGUGUUGUCCACCGCAUAGAUGACGGCUAUACCUAUGGUCAGUCAUUCUGGAUGAUCCUGUGCUCGACCAUAGCCUCUACGAUCACGAAUCUCAGCCUCAUCGUCGACUACGUUCGCACAAAGGAUUUCGCUAACAGCGGCAGCGGCUUGACGCGCAAGCAACGUUCGCUCGUUAUCCUGGUGAUCAUCCUCCUGAUGUACAUCGCUCUGGGGGCGCUGAUCAACUCGGUGAUGCUCUCGCUCUCGUACAUCAACGGGCUCUACUUUACCGUCGUCUCGAUCGAGACCAUCGGCUUCGGUGACAUCCUCCCGGACAGCACAGGCAGCCGCGUCUGGAUCUGCUUCUACAUCGCGUUCGGGAUCAUCACGCUCGGAACUGUCAUCACGCUUUGCCGCGACACGGUCCUGGAGGGGCUCGAGAUCGGGUACCGCAAGCGGCUACGGCAGGUGCGCGCGCGGCGGCGCGAGGCACGGCGGUUCCGGCGGUGGCAGACGCGGUGGCGGCGCGCGAUCGAGUGGCGGCUACGGCAGCAGGGCAGCGCGGUGUGGGUCGCGGACGCGCAGUGGCGGGAGGAGCAGGGCGUGCGCUUCGUCGGGCUCGGCGGGCCCAUGGCAGGCGCGGGCGAGGAGUCGUGGGUGGUGCGCUUCCUCAAGUUCCCGCGGCUGCGCAGGCCCCCGCCCGAGGAUCCCGCGCGCCGCCAGACGAAGCACAUCGUCGGCCAUCCGUUUGGCAAGCAUCUCAACAUCAACGCGCUGUCGGACGAGCAGCUGCACGCGGCGGCGCUCGAGGCGGGCGUGCCCUUGAACAUGUUCGUCGACUUCAGUCCCGCGCACAAGGUCGCGCAUGGAGAUGAGCCCCCGCACCCCUCGGGCGGUGCACCUGCGGACGACGGGUGGCCCACGCAUGUCGGCACGCCGACGGACGCGCAGCUCGGGCGCAUGGCGUCUAUACUCACGAAGAUGGCUUUGGUCGUGAGUGGGCGCGAGAUCCAUGCACCAGGGCCGUCAGUCCGGCAUAGGGAGGAGGUCAUCGACACCAUUGUCGAGGCUCAGGAUGAGGAGCACGAGGCUGUGCGGGAGCGGAGGGAGACGACGAUGGCUCACAGCAGUCGGAGGGCGGAAGAGCCGACGAGCCCUUUGCACGGCAAGUAUAUCGCUGCGCCGAAGUGGCUGAGGAAGUACGCCGCCGGUGCGCUGGCGGCGAAGCCGUAUGCGAUGCUCAAGAAGGAGAUGCAGGAUGAGGAGACGAGCGCGAACAUCCUCGCGAUAGCGUGGAGCGGCUUCUUCAUAUUCUGGUUUAUCGGUUCCGCGAUAUUCAGUACCACCGAGGGUUGGUCGUAUGCGAUCGCCAUGUACUUCUGUUUCAUUUGUUUCAUGACAACAGGGUAUGGUGACUACGCGCCAGUCACUCCAGCGGGCCGUUCCAUCUUCGUCGUGUGGGCCUUGUUUGGUGUCGCCACCAUGACUAUCCUCGUAGCCGUCAUCGAGGACGCGUUCUCCGCCAAGUAUCAGAAUGCCAUGCAUUCGCAGGUGUUCGAGCGCGCCGUGCGCAAGUACCGCAGAGACACCGCAGACGAGGCAGCGGAGGUUCCGCACGCCGAGUAUCAACUGCAACGCACGGCAGCAGACCGCAUGCGUAACGUCGAUGCCAUACGCAAGGGCGAGGUCUCCGUCGAACCGGAGGCGCAGUCCAUGGCUGCUAUCCAGGCACAGAUGGAGGAGGCGCACAAGAAAGCGCACAAGGAGCUGGAAGCCCUGCCGCACGAGAUCAUACGGCAGGCGCGGACGUUCCAUGACUACAUGCAGACGCUGAGACAGUUGCUGGAUGAGAUCGUGGCGAACGAGGAUGCUGACGAGAGGGUCAAGCAGGAGAUCCUGUCGGACGACGAUGCCAAACAUGUGCGUCUCCACCCUCUUAUCUUGAGCAUAGAACGUGCCUUGAAAGCGAUGAUCCAUUCCGCUGACAGCGCGUUACAAGCCCUCGCCGAACGUGACACACUGAUGGCUAUCCAGACCGAGCAGCGUGCAAAUGCUCCCGGCGGCAGCCCCGAACUUGAAGCCGAAGAGGCUGAGCAUAUAGGCGAAGACGAGCAGACCGAGGACGACGAGAGCCCCCUGAGUAGCCCGGACUCUUCGACGCGCGACUCUGCAAGACAUGCCCCCGUUCAGGAAGCGUCUCCGACGAGCUCGCCUCCGUCAUCGACCCCUCCCGACUCCGUUUGCCACCUCGCCCGGUGA